CUGCUUCGGCUCCCGCCCCGCCCGCCUCCAGCUCCGAGCCGCGUCCCCACGGCCCGCGCCCGCGCCUCCCCGCCGGGCCAUGUCGGGUGGCGACCGGAUCGCGGUGGCCCCGGCCAUGGACAUGCCCGAGGUCCUCAAGUCCCUGCUGGAGCACUCGCUGCCCUGGUCCGACCAGAGGACAGACAAGGAGAAAGGGAAGGAAAAGCUGGAGGACGACGAGGCGGCAGCGGCCAGCACCAUGGCCGUGUCGGCCUCGCUCAUGCCGCCCAUCUGGGAUAAGACCAUCCCGUAUGACGGCGAGUCGUUCCACCUGGAGUACAUGGACCUGGACGAGUUGCUGGAGAACGGCAUCCCUGCCAGCCCCACGCACCUGGCCCACAACCUGCUGCUGCCCGCUGCCGAGCUGGAUGGGAAGGAGUCGGCAGGCUUCCGCCCGCCGCGUCCCCCGCCCUCCUCCUCCACCGCCGUCUUUCAGCCCUCGGAAACCGUGUCCAGCACAGAAUCCUCCGUAGAGAAAGAGAGGGAGACCCCCAGCCCCAUCGACCCCAACUGCGUGGAGGUGGAUGUGAACUUCAACCCUGACCCCGCUGACCUGGUCCUUUCCAGCGUGCCGGGCGGGGAGCUCUUCAACCCACGGAAGCACAAGUUUGCCGAGGAGGACCUGAAGCCCCAGCCUAUGAUCAAGAAGGCCAAGAAGGUCUUUGUGCCCGAUGAGCAGAAGGAUGAAAAGUACUGGACACGGCGUAAGAAGAAUAACGUGGCUGCCAAGCGGUCACGAGAUGCACGUCGCCUGAAGGAAAACCAGAUCACCAUCCGGGCGGCCUUCCUAGAGAAGGAGAACACGGCACUGCGGACGGAGGUGGCCGAGCUUCGCAAGGAGGUGGGCAAAUGCAAGACCAUCGUGUCCAAGUACGAGACCAAGUAUGGGCCCUUGUAACCGUGUGCCCCGCCCGGGCGCUCUGCCCGCUCCUCCACCGCUGGGAGCUCCAUGACACCCCAUCCAUGCGUGGAGACUUCGGACACUUCCCGGCAGUCGGGGCGCCGGAGCCGUCGUGUUCCAGCUUCCUUGUCUCCUGGCUGGCAGGCACGGGCAGUUUUGUGUGGUUCCUCCUGGCCCCAGUUGAAUCCGAAGGGACCUCCGAGCCCAGGGCUCCUGGACUCCCCCACUCUCCCUCGCUCCACAGAACGAGUCCCGCAGGCUGCCACCCAUGCAUCUCAGGGAGCAGGGCACGUGUCCAGGCCUGGGGGUGUCUUCCGCCUCGCUCGCCCCCUGAAAGGCUCCCAGAGAAACAGCUACUUUUCUGCCGCCCCCGGGUGGUGGGCGCAGGUCGGGCCUGCCUGCAGCAGCGUUGCCAGCCACGGGUUCACAUUCAGCCCCAUCCUCCUGCCUCCUACCUGACUACACCCGCUGUGGGAGAGACCCCCAGACAGCCUGGGUCUGAUCCUGGAGCCCCAGAGUAAGAGAGACCCUUCCUCGUCGUCUCCCCAGGAGAAGGGGCCCCGAGGACCUCCUGCUGCUGCUUGGACUGGACUUGGACAGGACCCCUCUGAGAACCUGUGGGCAUUUUGCCUAAUAUCCAGCCCCACCGUGAGGUGCGCCCAUGUUUCUCCGGGAACCCCUUUUCCUCAGUGAGUCGGCUCUCACUGGAUCAGAAGGUGUCUAGGGCUUGUUUCGGGGUUUCUUCCCAAGGGGACUCCAGGUCCCAGCAGACCUUGGGACACGUACACGGUGACAGUUCCUUAGUUGUGUCCCAGAGCAUGCCCCAGGGUGUGGUGACCUCGAAGCUGCUCCUCUUCCAGUCGGCCUGGAAGGUGAGCCCUGGAGCCCCUGGACCGUUGCCCAGGGGCUCCGAGACUCUUGUAUUUAUUUGCUCAGGGCAGUCACCUGUGGUGAAGAGGGGCUGAAGGACUUUGUUGACAGAUGUUAAGGUGGGGGGGGCGCUUGGGGACCUGCACACCUCUCCCCCCUCUCUGGGGACCGACAAAGAUCCCUAAGGCCAAGGGAGGUUACCCCUCCCUUGGGCCUGACUUUGACUGUGGUUCUGCUCAAACCACGCUCACACUUUCUCGGGUAACCACAUCCGGCAUGUCCAUGUCCUGCCCGGGCACCCCUGUCCCCUCCUCGGCCAGGCCAGCUUCCAGGAGGCCGGUUCCCUGCCCGAGAGCACCUCCUGCCUGCUUCAAAGCGCUUCCUGUCCCUUGGCCAGAAAGUGUCUGGUUUGUGUUUUCUCAGUUUCACUUUUUAAAGCCUAGAAAUGACUCCCUGUGACACCCCCUGACCUAGCACCUGGGACAGUGGCCCAAGGUCUCUCCUUUUUGUCCCCCCUCCUGCCUGCCCCCCUCCCAGGUGGUGACAUAUGGUUCUUUCCCAGAGUGUGGCGCUGCCUCUGAGCUUGAGGGUGUCCCUCAGCUGAGCACAUUCCCCUCCUGGGGCCUGCUCGGUUCUGUCCUGGACCCAGGGGUCCCUCGGGUCCUCUGGGCCUCUUCAUCUCGGGCCAGCAGCCAAAGACAAGGCUCCUGCAUUCGCCCCUCCAGCACCUUCAGAGGAGCCUUGUAGGAGAGAGAAGGAAUGAGCAAAGGGCUUUGCAGCGCCAGGCGCGGCGCGGGUGCUGCCCCUCCCUCCGUGCCCUGGCAGCCUCACUGCCACCCAGAUCUGACAAAUCAUGAAUGAGCCAGAUGGUUGCAGGUGUCCAGAGGAAGAUGUCUGUCUAGGUAAAAAGGUAUAUACUCACACUAGAGAAUGGCCCAGGGGCCUGAGGCGUCCAAAGGGGCCACAGGAGAGGAGGCAGCCCCAGGAGGUUGCUUCCUGCUGCCAGCUCUAGGCCCCAAACCGAGACAGGUUUCCAGAUUUCCCCCUCACCCCGAUUCCUUUGACAUCUGUUCAUUAAGUGCAAUAAAUUUUUCUAGAAAACGGCAAAGAUGACUCCAGGUGGGCAUUGCUGUGUGCAGGGAGGGACGCAGACCACCACUUGGCUUUAUUUUUCUAAGUGCAUGUGAUGUGCUCGCGUGUGUGGGGUCUGCGGCCCCCCAGGGAGCAGCACAGCGCAGCCCACUGGCCUUAUGUGCGUGUGCGAGUGCGAGUGAGUCCUGGCCGGUGGGCCCGAACGAUGCUGGGGAGGGGAGCGGUGGAUCCUUUUCAGAAUAAAAGCCGAUAUUUUGAGACGAGAA